AUGGCAUCGACUCCACUUCCUACGAUCUGUCAGUUACCGCCGCCGGAUCUGGUACUUGCGUAUUCUAUUAAGCUCAACAAUAGUAUAAUAUCCCAUUUGAAGGCAUCCAAAGAUUCCAAUUAUGCACCUAAACUAGUGGUCAAACAAGGCAAAUUCUUCCUUAGAGUCUCUCCAGACACAGUUUAUCCCCUUACACGAGUACCUGAGAAUUUGACUGUUGAUGUCUAUGAUUUGCAGGAGGGGAAAGAACCCAAGUUUAACGGUAGAAUCGAAUCAAGAUUAACGGUUAAUACUGAAUGUGCACCACCUUUACAAUAUUCAAGUAAAAAAUUGGUGAUAAAUUAUGGUACAGAUGAUAAACCCACAAUCUUACAGAAAGUACUCGUUUUCAUGUCAUUAGGACCUUGUUCAUUAGAAACUUUGAUUAACCAUACUCAUUUGAAGGAGAACGAUCCACUUAUUCAACAAUAUCUUCAGAGAUAUGAUCCAAAUGAUCAAUUCACUAAAGAUGACGUGUUCCCCUUUACUCCUCAUGAUAUCUCAAAUACUUUUAUCUGUAAAGAUAGAGCUUAUAAGGAGAUUCGGGUUUACAAUACAUCCCCCGCUUCAAUCUUGACUCCUUCUCAGAGAUCUUUGAUCAUAAAUAAUAUCAAUAGAGCACUCACUAGAUUGGGGUUCCUGGAUACUCAUCCUCUUAGAAACAAGUUGACUUCUGCUACUGCUGUUCUCUCCACUUCCACCCCGAAUUCUCCAGCUAAUACAAACAUCGCCGUGGGAGGAGGCGGAUUAAGUAGUUCAACUCCUGUUACCAAGCAAAAUACUACUACUACUACCACUACUACAAAUGUUACCCAAUCAGUACUGAAAUUGAGAAAAGAAGUGUCUCCAAAAAAGAAACAGGUAACUUCAUCCACUGCAUCAUCACUGAUCCCAGCAUCUAUACCUCCAAGACCAGUGACUCCCAAACCAGGAACCCCACUUGCAUCCAGAAAGAGAAUCAGAACCAUCUCCUCUGCAUCCUCGUCAUCGUCAUCGGAAGAUGAACGGGUUAAAAGAGUCAGAGCAGACCAUCACCACCUCAACUCAACUAUACCCAUUACAAGCACUGCAUCGUCCAUCACAUCACCUUCAUCACUUGAUGACGACGUGAAUGUAUCUUUGAUUGGUUUGGAUGAGAAAAAACCCAACUACUAUGAAACUAUUCUGGAUAGAUUCCAUAAAACUUACACUCAAUAUCAAGCCCUUUAUACCCAGCUAGAACAUGCAAUUCCUCCUAAUGGUGUUGCUGGCAGCACCCCCACCACUGCAUCAAUGUUAUCCCCAGAAACCAAACGGAAACUCGCCCGUUUAUUUGAAUGGCAUAACUCUUUAACUCUGUGGAAAAGAAUGCUAUGGGACCAUCAACGAGAUAAACAAAAAUCCAAGGAUAUCAUGAACCUUACAAAGCAUAAGAAAAGUGCAAGUCUUUCUGCCAUACAACAGAAUAAUAAUAACAAUAAUAAUAAUAACUCAUCUUCGGCAUUACCUUCAUCAUUACCUGUUCCAGUUCCAAAUGGUCUUUCAUCCAUUCGUGCUUCAUAUAAUUCAGUCAAGGCUCAUAGUGCAAGCCCUGGUUUACCUCCUACUACGAUCAAACAGACUCGCCUAACCCCUAAAAUGUCAUUGGACUACUAA